AUGCUCUUCCUCUCUGCCUUCUCUGCCUCUACAGUGGGAUGCUCUUCCUCUCUGCCUCCUCUGCCUCUACAGUGGGAUGCUCUUCCUCUCUGCCUCCUCUGCCUCUACAGUGGGAUGCUCUUCCUCUCUGCCUCCUCUGCCUCUACAGUGGGAUGCUCUUCCUCUCUGCCUCCUCUGCCUCUACAGUGGGAUGCUCUUCCUCUCUGCCUUCUCUGCCUCUACAGUGGGAUGCUCUUCCUCUCUGCCUCCUCUGACUCUACAGUGGGAUGCUCUUCCUCUCUGCCUCCUCUGCCUCUACAGUGGGAUGCUCUUCCUCUCUGCCUCCUCUGCCUCUACAGUGGGAUGCUCUUCCUCUCUGCCUCCUCUGCCUCUACAGUGGGAUGCUCUUCCUCUCUGCCUUCUCUGCCUCUACAGUGGGAUGCUCUUCCUCUCUGCCUCCUCUGCCUCUACAGUGGGAUGCUCUUCCUCUCUGCCUCCUCUGCCUCUACAGUGGGAUGCUCUUCCUCUCUGCCUCCUCUGCCUCUACAGUGGGAUGCUCUUCCUCUCUGCCUCCUCUGCCUCUACAGUGGGAUGCUCUUCCUCUCUGCCUCCUCUGCCUCUACAGUGGGAUGCUCUUCCUCUCUGCCUCCUCUGCCUCUACAGUGGGAUGCUCUUCCUCUCUGCCUCCUCGUGUGUUACACUGGGAGGCUUUAA